CUUCUGGCACCCGCCGGCCCACUCCUUCCCUCCGCCGUCUCAGAGAGGCGGGGGAGGGGGGUAGAAGCGACCCAAUAGCGAGAGAGAAUGAGGUCGGGGCUGCGGCGUGGCCUGCGUGAGCCAAUGAGAGGGCACCUUAGUGAGGGGCCCCUCGGAGCGCGCGUCUAGCGAGAGACGGGAAGGGAUCGAGAAAAGCUGAGAGAGUUAUUGAGAGGAGGGGGAUAUGGAGGCCCCGGACAGUGCGGCUGCAGCCGAGUGCACCGCCUCGGCUGUUCCUGCGGAGAUGCUGGCGGCCAACGGGGACAUGGGCGGGCCCCGGGGUGGUGGGGGCUUAGGCCUGGUGCCGGAGCGGCUCCAGAAGCGCGAGCAGGAGCGGUUGCUGGAGGUGGAGCGGCGGAAGCAGGAGCGGCAGAGCCAGACGGUGAAGGAGGAGAAGAGCGACUUCUUCGCGGCCGCCUUUGCCCGUGAGCGGGAGGCCGUGGAGCAGCUGCUGGGGUGCGCGGGCCAGGAGGCGCCGUCGCGGCUGGACGAGGCGGCCUCGCGGCUGCAGGCCCUCCAGAAGCUGCUCAACGACGCCGUGUUCUACCUGGCGCCCUACGACGUGCGGCUCGGCCAGGAGGCGCUGGCGCGGCUGCAGGGGGCCCUGGCCGAGCGGCGCCAGGAGCUGCAGCCCAAGAAACGCUUCGCCUUCAAGUCCCGGCGGAAGGAGGCCGCCGCCCCGGAUCCCAGCCCCGCGGCCGAUGCCCCGCAGCCGCCGCCGCCCGCGGCCCUGCCGCCCGGCCAGCUCCACGUCCCCUCCGGCUUUGGCUUCUCCAACCGGGAGUCGCAGACCCUGCAGAUGCGGGCCGAGGAGCUGCACCAGCGCGACAUCCUCCUGACCGGUCUGACGGACUGCACCGUCCGGCUGUACGGGAACCCCAACACGCUGCGGCUGACCAAGGCCCGCGGCUGCACGGUGCUCUGCGGGCCCGUCUCCACCUCCGUGUUCCUGGACGACUGCGUCGGCUGCGUCCUGGCCGUGGCCUGUCAGCAGCUCCGCACGCACAGCACCCGGGACACCCGCAUCUUUCUGCAGGUGACCAGCCGGGCCAUCGUGGAGGACUGCAGCGGCGUCCAGUUCGCCCCGUACUCCUGGAGCUACCCGGGCAUCGACCAGGACUUUGAGGGGUCGGGGCUGGACAGAAACAAAAACAACUGGAAGGAUGUGGACGACUUCAAUUGGCUGGCCCGAGGUGUGGCCUCCCCGAACUGGAGUAUCCUUCCAGAGGAGGAGAGGAUAAUCCAGUGGGAUUGAUCGGGCCAGUGACUUGCCGUUAAACCACUGUUUCUUCUAAUUGACGCCGCGAUGCACCUGUUCUUCACACUUGCACUUUAUUACACGUUUUCAGUGUCUUAAUACCGGCUAUGGCAAGGAUUCUUUGCUGUCAUUUCCAUUGUAAAUAGCUCGCGUUUAAAUAAUGCAGUGCCUCUGGUAGUGGGUAGUUUAAAAAUAGAGCUAUCUUUAUUUUUUUUUAACUUUUUAUUUGUUAAUGGCUAGAUGAUUCGGGUUGGCUACAUUGGGAUGAAUAAAAAUGAAAAAAGUCGUGAGUGUACGUUCCCUUUUUUAGUAGUUUUAGUGUCAUGUGGAAUAUCACUGAUUGCUAGUUAGUAUAGAAAAACAGUUUUAGUGCCCUGUGGAAUACCAUCAAUUGCUAGUGUAAAAAAUCAGUGAGAUUACUUAACACCCAGCAGAUUGCUGUUGAAUUAUUUUGUAGGCCAACUCAUUGUUUCGCGUUUGAGGAUUGCUUUAUGGUACUGCUUAAUGGGUGGUACACAAACGUGUCUUCAAGCAUUAAUAUCGGCUUUAGGGCUGUGGAAUAUAGCUGUAGAACCUAGCCCAGCGUCUGAGUUUAUUUUCCUCCAGAGUUCUAGCAUCGAGCUAAUCUAAUACAGAAUUUCCCUGUGAUUUGUUAAGAAUUUGUAAGAACGGCCUUUAUCAACUGGGGAGCAUGCAACAGAGAACAAUUGUUUUGUGAGGGUAAAUUGCUAGAACUUUUUUAGGUUCCUGUUACUUUUAAAUGAAGAGGAUUGAGGCAUAUACCAGAUAAGUCUGAAAGUCUUUUUCGGUCUCAGUUUUCUGUUUGUUUUUUUUUUAGAGGAUAACUGGCAUCCACAAGUUAUUAAAUGUAUAGACAUGCUUUUAUAAAAUUUUUAGGAGAAAUGUUCAAUCUUAGUGGUCUAAAAUAAAUUCUCUUAAGACCCGUA